AUGACGGGUAAGGCAAGCUUGCGGACUUACAAACAGUUGAAGCUUUGUGAAUAGGUUUUUUUUUCAUAAGAUUCUUCUAGCGUCAAAAUUUGUUCCUUCGCGCCAGAACGAAGCUAGAUGUAACGCAGUGUCGAAAGGCGCUGCGGCCGCGAAGUCAGCAGCAACAACAACAGAAAACGUGAGCCACUAGAGUCAAGGAGGCCACACGCAAGCGCUCGCCAUCUUGCGGCAGAGAAAUUGCAGUAUAAAACGCUCGACCGUGCCACAGCGCCUCAGUCACAACUGUCAGCACUUCCACACUGCCGUGCACACUUAGAGCAGGAUAAAACUGCAGUAACAAAUCGUGGAAGCAAGAGUCUGCAGAUCUCUGCACGUACCUUUCAGUAUCCUAAAGGUUCCCUCGCACUGCCCGUCAUCAUGCAUUCGACUUCAGCUCUCCUCGCGCAGGUACUCCUGGUUUCCAUGGUUUCCAUGACUCUCGGCGGCGGUCAGUUUGGAUUUGGUAGCGGAUUCGGCAGCGGAUUUGGUGGUGGACUUGGUGGCGCCUUUGGCUCUUCCUACGGCGCCACAUUCGCGCAGCAAGGACAGUAUUACCCACCGCAACCGUACAGUUUCGGCUACAACAACGUCGACCAGUACGGCACCAGGUCCUACCGCAAUGAACAGGGCGACGCCUCCAACACCAAGACGGGCAUGUACGGCUACUCGGACGCCAACGGCAUCUACCGCCAGGUGAAGUACAUCGCUGAUGCUGGCGGAUUCCGCGCAAAGAUUGACACCAACGAGCCCGGAACAGCCCCUGGAUCCAGUGCCGACGCGGUCUACAAUGCGAAGCCUCUACCCGCUGGCCCGCAGUACCGAAUCAUUGGUGGAUCUUCCCCUUUCUCCUCUCCCUACACGAGCGCAUCCACUUCUGGCUUCGGUUACAGCCGUCCUUGGUCUAGAUAGUCAAGUGCGUAACGUAGGGAAGUGUUUGCUGAAUAUUUGACCCAGCUUCUGGCGAUGUUCCCUUGUCGAAGGAACAGGCUAGCCAGCCGUUGUCAGAAGCCGAGGCGUUUCUUAUGAACUCUACAGUUACGACUGUAUACAUGCAGGUUAACGAAUCUUAACUGCGAAUAAAAGACUGCUUCAGUGA